UUACCCCCAAAUUUUCGCCAUCAUUGAAAACCUAAUUUCCUCAAAACCCUCGCUCCCAAACCCCUCUCUCACAGUCGUUCUUCUUCUUCCUCCUCCAAUCCAAAGCCCCAUUCAAUCCAAAACCACAGUAUCAUCAAAUUAGGUUCGUCAUCGGAUUCAUUUUUUCCGAUUUUAUCCUCGACGAAGUGGCUCUCGCGUUCUGACAGCUGAUCCUCUCUCGAUUGGAGAUGGUAUCCGGUGCAAGAAUCGACGGCGGGGCGCAGGUCUUAUCGGCGGGGGUGCGGAGAACUAUUCAAUCGAUUAAAGAAAUUGUGGGGAACCACUCUGAUGCUGAUAUUUACGUGGCGCUUAAAGAGGCCAACAUGGAUCCUAACGAAACCACCCAGAAACUGCUCAAUCAAGAUCCAUUCCACGAGGUGAAGAGAAGAAGAGAUAGGAAGAAAGAGAAUCCAGUGCAAAAUAGUUUCAUUCCUGUGGAGCCCAAGAAAAACAAUGAUGUCGAACGUAUGCCCGUCAAGUAUAAUACAUAUUCUGACCGUAGUUCUCGAAGAGGCGGAACCACUCGAAAUGCUGCAUCUGAUGCAAGGGGAAGUCGAGAGUUCCGUGUUGUUCGUGACAAUAGAGUAAAUCAUAACAGCAUCACAGAUUCAAAGCCUGGACUUAAUUCAAUUUCAACAAGUCCAGGGGUGAUCUCUAGUGGGCCAAUGAAGAGUGGUCCUCCUAGUGGUUCUGGACCUCAAGCACCUGCUGUAGGUCAGCAUUCUUCUCAGCCUGCUAAGAGUGCUGCUGAUUCACAAACCAGGCAAACUAAGAAUGCUGCUUCAGUUGGUAAUGGCAGGAAAGAAAUGGUUGGGGAGAAGCGCCUUCCUGUUCCAAGUGCUAUUUCACGUGUGCAAACAAAGGCAAAUGCUCCCCAGCUGCAAUCUACAAAUUCAUCUAGUAGUACUGUCGUGGGUGUUUAUUCAUCCUCAUCUGAUCCUGUUCACGUACCAUCCCUACAUUCUAGACCUGCUGCCAAUGUCGGGGCCAUCAGACGGGAGGUCGGGGUUGUGGGAUCACGGCACCAAUCAUCUGAAAAUUCUCCAAAACCAUCUUCAUCUCAAGUCACUUCUCUGUCAAAUACGCAUUCCGCACGAGAUGGUCAAUCACGAGAGUCUGCGAGAUCAUUCAAUGCUACAUCAAAGAAUGACCACUCAAACCAAAAUGUGGCACCUGACUCUGCUAUAGCUGGUCCACCUGCUGGCAGAUCAUUUUCCAGUAAUUCGUAUGGUAGCCGUCCUCAUCAACUCAUGGGUCACCAAAAAGCUCCUCAGCCCAAUAAGGAAUGGAAGCCAAAAGCAAGUGUAAAACCAAAUGCCAAUGGCCCUGGAGUUAUUGGUAGUCCUGCAAAAACAGUCUCUCCUCCUGCUAAUAAUCCAGAAGACACAAUAAAGGAAGCAGCGGAUAUACAAGAUAACAUGUCACCAUUGAAUCUUUCUAAAAGUGAGAAUGUGAUUAUAGCUGCACAUAUCCGUGUUUCCGAGGCUGACAGACGCCGGCUGACCUUUGGCAGCCUGGGCAACGAGUUUGACACUUCUUCAAAUUUAGUUGGCGUAGCUGCAAAUGACAUAGAAGAAUUAUCCUCCGAUCCAUCUGGAAGUGUUCCAGUUUCUUCCGCUGAAGCUUCAGGAGAUGAACCUGUUACUACCAAACAAUCAGAGGUGGCAGAUGACUCUGGCCGAAGUUCAGAAUCUAACUCUCCUGUUUCAGGUGAUCUGUCAAAUCUGACUGUAAAGAACAACUCUUCAAGUCCACAGAACCUGAAUGACUAUGCUGAUGUUGGCUUGAUGCCAGGCAACAGCCCAUCAUAUACUCCUGAAUCACUACAGCAGCAGGAUACGUCUGAAUUGCCAAGCUUCGCGGGUUAUGAUCCCCAAAUGGCUUAUGAUAUGUCAUACUUCCACCCGGUUGUUGAUGAAACUGUUAACGGGCAAGGUCUUCCGUCAUCCCAAGAGGUCCGUGGUGCACAUGCAGCAAAUGCUGUUCCAGCGUCGACAAUUAAAAUGGUACAACAGCAGCAACAACAGCAGCAGCAACAGCAGCAGCAACAGCAGCAGCAGCAGCAACAGCAGCUUGCCCAGAUGUAUUCCCAUCUUCAUGUCUCCCAUUUUGCUAACCUCAUGCCGUAUCGACAAUUCAUGCCUCCUGUCUAUGUUCCGCCAAUGCAUGUCCCUGGUUACUCUAAUAGUCCCGCCUAUCCUCAUCCCUCAAAUGGCAGCAGCUACUUGCUGAUGCCUGGGAAUAGCUCCCAUCUAACUCCAAGUGGCGUCAAGUAUGGUAUCCAACAGUUCAAGCCUGUCCCUACUGGUAGUCCUACUGGGUUUGGAAAUUUCACCAGUCCUGCUGGUUAUGCCAUCAAUGCUCCUGGGGUUGUUGCAAGCACUGCAGGCCAUGAUGAUUUGUCUCGUAUCAAGUAUAAAGAUAGUCUAUACAUUCCAAACCCUCAGGCUGAGACCUCUGAAAUAUGGAUGAACCCAAGGGAUGUUUCUGGUAUGCAGUCCUCAUAUUACAACGUGCCUGUUCAGUCUCCUCAUCCAACUGCCUAUUUGACAUCGCACAGCGGACAUGCUUCUUUCAAUGCAGCCGCGGCUGCUGCCCAAUCCUCCCAUAUGCAGUUCCCAGGCAUGUACCAUCCUUCCCCACAGCCCCCUACCAUGGCAAGUCCUCAUCACAUGAGCCCUGCCAUUGGCGGUAAUGUGGGAGUUGGUGUGGCAGCUCCGGCUCCCGGAGCACAAGUGGGUGCGUACCAGCAACCUCAGUUGGGCCACUUGAAUUGGACUGGUAAUUUCUGAAUAGAGUUCAUUAGAGCCUCUGGCUUCCAAGGAUUGACAUUAGCUAUUAAAUGUGAAGAAUGCUAGCGUUCCAAAUCAAUGCAUUAAGUUGUGUUGCCA